CGUACUUUACUCCAAAAUCCAAAAUGAUAUACUCACUACUCACUCCAUUUGAGUGACAUUUUCUCUACCCGCUCAAAGGAGCUCCACGAGGCCGAGCCUCCACCAGCAGUUCAUUGGACCUACAAGUGUGCAACCAUGAGUCCUUGGCGUCAAAUGUUCAAAUUUCCCCGGAAAUACCUGAUCGCCGUCGCUGGCUUUGGCGGUGCCACCGCCGUCAUGUUCCAAACCAGAAACCCCAGUUCCCCCAAUUCUCCCACAGAUUUCCCCUUCAUCAACGGUUUAGUUCGUUCCUCCCGCGCUCUCUUCACUAUCACUUCGAAUGCUGUUGACUACACGUACUCUUUGCACGGCUUGACUCAGAACACUGAGGACUAUCUGUGGGCUGUUACUGAGGUACAUCUAAGGUCUGCAAAGAGAAUAUUGAGACUAUGUGAAGCCAACAAAGGUGUUUAUGUCAAAGCUGGCCAGUUUGCUGCAGCAAUGCGUGUCAAGCAAGUUCCAAAAGAAUACUCAUCAACAUUGUCAUCUUUGCAAGACCAGGCUGUUCCUUGUCCUUUUGAAUCAAUCAAGGAAGUACUGAGCAACAGUUUGGGUCCAAAUUCAUCGGAGAUAUUCUUAUCAUUUGACGAGCAACCAUUUGCAGCAGCUUCUGUUGCUCAAGUACACCAUGCUGUUUUGAGAGAUAAUAAAGAAGUGGUUGUCAAGGUGCAAUAUCCAGGAUUAGAGUACCAGAUGAAAUUUGAUCUUGCAACAAUGUCUUUUAUCUCCAAAUUUGCUUCAUGGUUUUUCCCAGAAUGCAGGUUUGAGUGGCUGGUAUCAGAAUUUAAGAAAUCUAUUACUUUUGAGCUUGAUUUCAUUGAAGAGGCUAAAAACCUCGAGCAAAUGUCUGAAAACUUCAAAAGCAACAGCAUGAUUAGGUUUCCUCAAGUUUAUUGGGGUUUCACAACAAGGAAUGUUUUGACGAUGGAGUUUUGUAAAGGAUUCAAGGUAUUUUGUUCUGCCAGCUUUUGGUGGCAUGGUGUGUGUUUAUGUCAAGUUAACUCAAAGUUCAUGAUAUUAAUCAGUAUGCCAAAUUAAUAUAGGUUUUUCCUCCUUCAUAGAAAGCAGUCACUUUCCAUCAGGAUUAACGACCCUUUUAAUUUUUUUGACAAUAUUCAAAUGCUCUGAUACAUUCACAAUGAUGGUACCAAUAAGUUGUCGUUAUGGGUGCAUUUGACCCCUUUUUCCUUAUGAAACUUUCCUAGGUUUUGUUGUCAAUAUUAUUUUUUGGGGUUCAACUAUUGUCAGAAAUGGGCCAUUAACAAGAAACUAUCUAGCUCUCAGGUAGAUGAUUUGAACUUAAUGAAGCAAACAGGGAUUAGUCCAUCAAAGGUCGGUCUUAGCUAUCUCAGAU